AGCGGAAUAAAAUCGUUUGUAUUUACGCAACCCUAAAUUAGAUUUCAACUCUGUCACCGUCCUCUCGUCUGUGAAUUUCGUCUGCUCGACCGCGUCUACUCUUCGGCGCCUCACGGCCGUCUACUAUUCUCUGUUGUCACUCUAUUGUUCUCUAAACCACCUCCUCCAUAUACAACGCUCCAUCACCAAAAUCAGCAACUUCCUCCGUCAGGCGGGUUGUUUUAUGCUAUACGACCCACUCACAAAUACGCGAAGAGAAUCAGGCGAAAACAAUGUUUUCUUCCAGCCGCUUUUCGUUUUGCACCACCAUUAACCAGGUAACAACAGUAAGCAUUUUGUAUUUCAUGAGUCACAUCUCCAAUCUCGAAGUAUCGAAUUCAUUUUCAUGGUUGCUCAUAUCGUGGCUGUUGCACACUUGCAUCGCACUACACGAAAUCAAUAUUGGAUUGCCACCAAAUCUUUAUGUACCUCAAAUAAUCCUAUACUUGAAUCCACCAGUCUUAAACAUCAGUUCAAAUAAUGGCAAGAAGGAAGAAAUUCUUGUUGUAAAGUGCAUGAUCUUGACAAGGUUGAAUUAUGAAAAGGUAUCAAUGCUGUUUAUGUAGAUGAUUCAAUGGAUGAUAUUGGUCAGAUUCCAAAUCUAUUGGAAUGGAAUCACGAAUUCCAAUUCUAUUGGAAUGGAAUG